AUGAAUUCUUCCCAAUAUCCAUACGCGGAUCGCGAGAACUCCGGGGCUCACUCUGGCGCUGCGGUUGCGAGCCCGCGCCAAUCCGUUAUGGUGAGGAAGAUCAAAUUCCGAGGCCAUAUGGUCAUCGGCUCAAUACGCAAGAGUUCACCUUUCGAGCCCCCUCAGAGGAAUACCAGCGACGAAUCGAUGCCAUGA